CGUACGCUAUACACAAGUAAAUAUGUGGGGUGUAUUUAUUAUAUCGAUGAUCUGUGGUUAUGUACAGGCGCUGUCAGAUGCGGAGUUGAAGGCAGAAUUCACGAAGAUUGUAAUGGGUUGUAUGAAGGACCACCCAGUGCCGAUAAGCGAGCUGAUGGGUUUACAGGCACUUAUUCCUCCCACCAAAAAGGAGGUCAAGUGUCUCCUCGCUUGCGCUUAUAAAAAGGAAGGAACCAUGACUGCGUCGGGUCUUUACGAUUUAGAUCACGCAUAUAAAGUAGCGGAACUUGCGAAGGAAGGUGACGAAAAGAGACUUAAAAAUGGAAAGAAAAUUGCCGAUAUUUGUGUUAAAGUAAACGAAAUAGAAGUCAGCGAUGGUGAGAAGGGAUGCGAAAGAGCAGGGUUGAUAUUCAAAUGUGUUGCAGAGAAUGCUCCCAAGUACGGGUUCAAAGUAUAACGGUGGAAAUGAAAGAGGCGAGUGAUGCUCCAGAACAAGUCACAUUAAAUUAUUAAAUGCUAUUAAGAAAACACGUUAUAUUAAAAUUAUUACGAUAU